AUACACCAUAACUGUUAAUAUGUUAUAUUCAUCAUGCUGGGUUUUACAUUUUCAGGCACGUGCCCGUCCGGUUAUCAAUUGAAGAAUACAAAGUGCUACAGGGCGUUCAGCAUUCGAAAAAGCUGGCUGCAAGCAGAUGUGUACUGCCGCAGCCUGGGACUAGGUGGAAACCUGGCAAUGCCAAAAGACGCCAACAUAAACGAUUUCUUGAUCCAACUGAAAAAUGCGAAAAACACUGCAUGGGAGUUUUGGUUUGGGUUGAAUGAUAGGGCAAGCGAAGGCCAGUGGAAAUGGAAUGAUGGCACGUCUCUUGGGUCUUACAAUUACUGGGGACCAGGAGAGCCUAACAGUGGGGGUAAGGAUUGGUGGGGCAGGUACAAGGGUAAUGAAGACUGCGCUGAGUACUUUCGGAAAAGUUGGAGUGGCAGCAAGUGGAACGAUGCUAAUUGUAACUUGCAAAGGUACUUCAUCUGCGAGAGAGCGCCCAAUGUAUUCCAGCCCUUCCGUAGAGAUUACCGUUGCGGACAGCGCUACCUCACAGAAGACGGUUACCCCGCUGCAUGCAACCCUGACGACCAUGUCCCAUGCUGCUCCCCACACGGCUGGUGCGGCAGAACCAAAGCCCACUGCAAUUGUCGGGAUUGCGUCCACUACAGGAACCUAGGUGACUUGCAGAAGAUGACCUUCCCCACUUCGCGCAGUACCAGUAACUACGUCAAGCUGUGGCCGACUUGGCCACGAGACAUGAGUAGUUUUACUCUAUGUCUGCACAUGCGCGGCCACACAAGCUUUAAGACAUCAAUGGGACUGGUCAGCUACGCUAUAUGGGUAGAUGACAAAAGGGUUUACACGUCUCCCUUGCCUGUGUGGGAUGGUGCCUGGCAUGUGUUAUGUAUCACCUGGCGCAGCUCUAGUGGAGCUUGGCAGUUCUACUUUGACGGCGUGCGUAGGAACUCAGGCUGGGGGCUAAGCAGAGGAGGCAGGGUGAACACUGGUGGCACAUGGAUCCUCGGCCAGGACCAAGACAGAGUCGGAGGAGGGUUCGACGCGUCUCAAGCAUUCGUCGGAGAUCUGUCGCAGGUGAACCUCUGGAACCGCGUGCUGUCAUCAGCCGAGCUUCGGAAACGGCCAACAUUAAGCUGUGAUCGCCAUGGCAACGUGAUUGACUGGGCAGCAGCUCUCAUCGACAUACGUGGACGAAUCACGCGUAGUGCUCAUUCUUACUGCAACCGUAAGUAG